GAGUGUUGUAACUUGCCUAACUGCCGCCCGGCCUGUCUCACGGUAACCACAUUGAAAUUAAAUUUAUUAAACGCUGCUGCAAGAAAAUAACUAAAAAAUAAUGGCAGACGAAGAGAAGCUACCGCCUGGAUGGGAGAAAAGAAUGAGCCGCAGUUCAGGUAAAGUGUACUACUUCAACCACAUCACCAAUGCCAGUCAGUGGGAACGUCCGGUGGGAGAUGGCCGUGGAGAACCAGAUAAGGUACGCUGCUCUCACCUGCUGGUGAAGCAUAAUCAGUCACGUCGUCCAUCUUCCUGGCGGGAACAGAAUAUCACACGAACUAAAGACGAGGCCCUGGAACUCAUUCAGAGUUACAUAGAACAGAUCAAGUCUGGAGAAGAGAAGUUUGAGUAUCUGGCUUCUCAGUUCAGUGACUGCAGCUCAGCUAAGAAUGGUGGAGACCUGGGAUUGUUUGGCAGAGGUCAGAUGCAGAAGCCUUUUGAAGAUGCCUCCUUUGCGCUUAAAGUGGGAGACAUGAGUGGUCCUGUUUUUACUGACUCUGGGGUCCACAUCAUCCUACGUACUGGCUAAAAGGAAGAAGCCACAUACUGUACCAUCCUCUACACACACACACAUACACACAGUCCAACCCAACCAUGAUUUAUUUUAAUGACACACACCACCCAAUAAACAAAGCUUAUGGGCUAAAUGGCAUCAGUUUAAGUGGGAUAAUUUGUUCCUAGCACUAUUAAACAUGUAUGAAUAUUUUCAUUACACUGAACAUCAAGGAGUAUGGCAGACUGUUCCUGUAAGACCUCAAGCUUUUAUUAACUGUGGCAAUGCCACUGCAGAAAAUUAAGAGUGCCUGUGACUCUGUAGAAGUGACCUGAGGAAGCAGUUUCACAUGAUGAGCGAAGUUUCAGAAUGCAUCUGUAAAAGCUUGUGUUUUUGUGUGUGCAUGUCUUCAAAAGGACCAUUUACUGUUUGUUUUCCUGUUAUGUUUUCCAUUUCUACGGUAUGUGUGCCAAAGCUAUUCCUCUAUCUGUAUUAUAGUUUUGCUAAAUAGAUUCCUAAGAUGUUUAAGAGGUUUUUUUUCUGGCCAUUUCAGAUCCCUACAGUUGAAGAAAGAACCAUCUUUCUCAGUUCUCUACAUUUAGCCCUGAUAUAAUAUUUUGUCCCUUGCAGAUUUUCAGAAACACAGAAUCAGUUAUUUUCAUGAUCCACUCUGAAAAGCGCACGUUCCCCUCCCCACUGUGGAUAUGCAAAGAUGGCACCGCUGAAAACUUCCAGGUUUUAACAAUCGGCUCUGCAGCUUUUAAAAACAUCAAGGUUCAGAUGAACUGUUACACUGUUGUGUUAUUGGGCCUUUUCUUCCAUCAAUAAAAACCCCUUUUUUUUUUAUA